GUCGGGCCGGAAGCAAAGCUGGGCCACGUCUGCGAGGUCUGAGAGAGUUGGUUUGGUGCGCACUGCGCGGCCGCGUCUCGCCUGUGGAGAGAACGUUCUUGCUCCAGAUCUAGGCAUGGAUCUGGAGGCUGUGUGUAAGCGCUCGGCACUCCAUGCCAAGCCCCAGGGGCUCAUUCUUCAGUAUGGGACUGCUGGAUUUCGGACCAAUGCCCAGCAUCUCGAUCAUAUCAUGUUUCGAAUGGGAUUGCUAGCUGUCCUGCGGUCAAAGCAAACAAGAUCUACCAUUGGAGUCAUGGUUACGGCCUCACAUAACCCUGAGGAAGACAAUGGUGUGAAAUUGGUUGAUCCUUUGGGGGAAAUGUUGGCCCCUUCCUGGGAGGAGCAUGCCACCUGUCUGGCCAGUGCGGAGGAGCAGGACGUGCGGCAAGUGCUUGCUGCCAUCGUGGAGAAAGAAGCUGUGGAUCUGACACAGACCGCCUUCGUAGUCAUUGCCAGAGACACCAGGCCCAGCAGUGAGAAACUUUCACAAUCUGUGAUAGAUGGCGUGACUGUUUUAGGAGGUCAAUUCCAUGAUUACGGCCUGUUGACGACACCUCAGUUGCACUACAUGGUGUAUUGCCGGAAUUCCGGAGGCCGGUAUGGACAGGCCACCGUAGAAGGCUACUGCCAGAAGCUCUCCAAGGCUUUCGUAGACCUUACGAAUCAGGUUUCCUGCAGUGGAGAUGUAAAGAGGUCAGUUAAGGUUGACUGUGCCAACGGCAUAGGGGCCUUGAAGCUAAGAGAAAUGGAACACUACUUCUCCCGGGGCCUGUCGGUUCUGCUGUUUAAUGAUGGGACCCAAGGGCGGCUCAAUCACCUGUGCGGUGCUGACUUUGUGAAAAGUCAACAGAAACCCCCACAGGGAAUUGAAAUGAAGUCCGGUGAGAGAUGCUGCUCCUUCGAUGGGGAUGCGGACAGGAUCGUGUAUUACUACUGUGAUGCAGAUGGUCACUUUCAUCUCAUAGAUGGAGACAAGAUAGCGACGUUAAUUAGCAGUUUCCUUAAAGAGCUACUGUUGGAGAUUGGAGAAAGUGUGAACCUCGGAGUCGUACAGACAGCAUAUGCAAAUGGAAGUUCCACGCGGUACCUUGAAGAAGUUAUGAAGGUACCUGUGUAUUGCACCAAAACUGGUGUUAAACAUUUGCAUCACAAGGCUCAAGAGUUUGACAUCGGAGUUUAUUUUGAAGCGAACGGGCAUGGAACAGCACUGUUCAGUGAAGCAGUUGAAGUGAAGAUAAAAAGACUAGCCCAAGAACUAGACGAUGGAAAAGGAAAAGCAGCCAGGACGCUUGCGAGCAUCAUCGACUUAUUCAACCAGGCAGCUGGAGAUGCUAUUUCUGACAUGUUGGUGAUUGAGGCUAUCCUGGCUCUGAAGGGGCUGACUGUACAGCAGUGGGAUGCUAUUUAUGUCGAUCUUCCUAACAGACAACUCAAAGUUAAGGUCGCGGACAGGAGAGUUAUUAGCACCACGGAUGCUGAGAGACAAGCAGUCACUCCACCAGGACUCCAAGAGGCAAUCAAUGACCUGGUGAAGAAAUACACACUUGCCCGAGCUUUUGUACGGCCCUCUGGUACUGAAGACAUUGUCCGAGUAUAUGCAGAAGCCAACUCACAAGAAAGCGCAGACAGGCUUGCCUAUGAAGUGAGUUUGCUGGUGUUCCAGCUGGCUGGAGGCAUUGGAGAAAGACCACAACCAACUUUCUGAAGAUAAAUUUUAUAUUCUGGAGAAGUGGACUUCUAAAAUGUUUCUAUAACACUUUAUAAUAUUGGCAGUACUAGGGCAUUUGUAAUCAUGACAUCAACAUGUCAUGCAUGUUAAUGGAUUAUUUCUAGAUAGGUUUUUAAAUGCUACCAGGAAAAAAAUGUUUAGAAGCUCAAAAUCUUAGACUUGGGAAUGAAGCUUACCUCUGAUUUUAAUCUGUAUUAAGUUUUAAUAGUUCAAGUGUCAUUAAUUUUACAGGGUAUGAAGUGAAUUCAUGAAGGGUACUGGGAAAUUAAACUUUACUAACUUCUUUGCAGCCCCUUUCGAUUGCUUACCUAACCAAGAUGUUUUGUAGCACUGACCUACCUGGUUCAAAUGGGGAGAUUUCGUAUGAACCAAUUUCCCAUGCGGAUCUCAAUGUGAGGAAGAAAUGACUGACUGGUUUGCUUAGCAGCAUCAGAACUGGCAGGUGGCCCAUCUUUCAUUGUACUGGCAGAGCUCUGUGCUGUGCCCACUAGAGUGUGUGGUCCAGGCUUCAGCUACUCUUUAGUGCUCAGCGAAGGGACACAGCUCCAUCUGAUACCUGAAGCCUCUGACAACCAAGUGACCAUUCUGAUACUAGGACAUUAUUAACCACAGAAAGAAGAAAAACAACAAUUAACAAUUAAAUGAGGCUUGAGACCAAGCAGGAAAAAAGAAAACGUGGUGUGUAUUUUGCAGGUUUAAGACAACCCAAGACAGUGAAACAAUGGACUAUAUAUGCAAAUAUAGACCUUGUAGGCACCAUCAUCAGUAUGAGCCACCUAUAUAUUUAAACUUGAUUCAGGCCACAUUCAGACAUAAGCUCUUAUUUACAAAUAUUUAAAUUAAAUACAACCUGAAUAAUGCUUUGUUACAUAUACACAUAUAUAUAUAUAUAAAAGAAAAAGAAACUAUACAACUCAGCAGUGUGUUUUAAGUAUUCCAUUUAGGCUCUGGAGAACCACUGGUGGUGGUCAAGUCUUUAUGACUCCUUCUAGAAAGUCCUUUUCUAUCAUCUCUUCAAUUUUUUGCCUGGCUUUGCUGGAAAAGGCUUUGUGAUUCUCCAGUUUCAUGUCCUUGUUUGGGAAGGAGUUUGGGUAGAGGACGGGGCUCCCUGAGUGUCCGCCACAGCGGCUUGUGACUUUGCUGUUGAAGACUUGGCUGAGGACAUUGAAGAAAGGCAGAAGCUGCUCCAUGUUGCGCAUGGUGCAGAGCGUCAGCAGCAAGUGCCCUGGCUCCCAGCCCAGUGUCCUCCCCGAGCAGUCUUCCUCUGGGUUUUUCUGCAAAACACAAAAAGGAGUUGUUACUAAUAGGUAACGUAUGUUAUGUGAGAAGUGGAGACAAAUGCCAGCAUCAAGUCUUCACUGCAGACUUGACGAAGUCCACUGGUUCUGAAGCCUUUUAGCCGCCAAUCUAAAUGAAAAGUUAACCAUGGACUUUCAUUAUUAACAAAUGCUGUCACACAGUUUACCAUAUUGCCUCUAGUCUCCUAAAAAUCAAACCAAAUCAAAUCAAUUUAUCCUGAAAGAAAGUAAAUGAUGCUUACAGCCUUUAUAGCUAAUUUUGAAAUACAAGACAAUCAUGGUAAAAUUACUUUUUAUAUUCCUAUGGAGAUUUUUCCUUUAAAAGUGUGACCCUUCCCUCACAGCCCUGAGCUCUUAACCAAGAAAAGCACAGUUUCAGUGGUCUUUUGUUCUUAUGUACCUGCCCUCCAUACUAAAUAACCAAAUAUCUCCAUAUGACCAUUUCCUCCUCUGACUUCACAAGUCUACAGGUGUGUGCCUUCCUUCCUGUUUACCUGUCAUUGCUUUUGCUGCCAUAUCAUAUGCAUCAAUAGCCACCCUCACCUGAUGCUUGGCCAUCUCCAAUCCCUCCAAAAUCUUAAAGUCCUCCUCGUCCUGUGGAAGGAAAGAGGAGAACUCAUAGCCCCUGUUCGAGUAACAAGUGUGUUUGGCCAUGAAGGCCUUGUUUAAAGGGAUGGGGAUGGGAGAUCCUUUCUGGUGCAGAUGGCUGCCGUAUCUGUGGUCAUUGUGGAGGACAGCAGAGGGCACAGGCCUACAGUCGUAUGAAUGGUCACUGUAUCUGCAUUUCCUCCUCAAAUCCUGUGACAAAAAAGGAAUGCUUUUGUCCUUAAGUCCUGGAUGGACUUUUGGUCCAUAACUUUGUCCUUUUAUUUGGCUCCUAAAGAAGCAAGUUCCUCAUGUCCUUUAAGUAAAGCUCCUAAUUGCUUUCUUCCCUUUUGCUCUGUAGAGAAUCGAGUACAGCUUCAUUACUGCUGAAACAAAUCGUGUGAGUUCACACAGACCUGGUCUCACAUGAGCCCUAACUCUAUGUACUGUUAAGAUUCUGCACUUAGACAGGUAUUAACACAGGCCCAAUGGUGAAAUGCCAUUUUCAUUUACCCCUCUGCUUCAGGGCCAAGAUUGGCCCGAAGGUUAGCCUGAUCCUUACUUAAUUAUAAAGGAUUCAAGGCAUGUAUAAACUACAGAAUUUAACUUCUACACUUUAUUCAUGAGACAGAUUUUGGUAAUUCUCAUUUUCUCUUGAUUUCCUUUAUAUAGAUGGUUUUUUAAAAAAUGUUUUAGACAUUUGUAUUUUUGAGUUCUUCCACUAACUUUCUGAUUAGUAGUCACAUUUAGUAGAUGGCUUUAUUCUCAGCAGUGUUUCUAAAACUACAGGGAGCAGCAGUAGGGUGGAUAUGCAAAACUGAAACAUGGCAUAACAAGAGUUUUAUAGAAAAUAUUAGGAAAUAUUAUUAAAGAAGUCUAUCUAGCUAAUUCAAUUUUGAUAAAGUAUUUCUGUCAAGUUUAUUGAAACUUU